AUGGAGUACUGGAGGCAAUGUGCGAUGUGGCUGAUCAGCUGCAACGUGCUGCCCGUGAACCACCGGGUAACUGCGGACACGGCGCAGGUGUUCGACUUGGCACAAACCCUGCGGGACGGGGUGCUGCUGUGCCAGCUGCUCAACAACCUGAGACCUCACACUAUCAACCUGAAGGAGAUUAAUCUCCGGCCACAGAUGUCACAGUUCCUGUGCUUGAAGAACAUCCGCACCUUCCUGACGUCUUGCUGUGACGUGUUCGGGAUGAAGAAAAGCGACUUAUUUGAAGCCUUUGAUCUCUUUGAUGUUCGAGACUUUGGAAAGGUUAUGGACAUGCUGUCCAAGCUCUCUUACACAACGACUGCACAGCAAGCAGGAUUCAAGCCAUUUCCAACAGAGGAGAGCCUAAAAGACGAGGACAUUUGCAAUAAUCUGGAGGAUUUGAUUGAUGAGAAUGUCCUUGAGGACGAGGAUGACUUGUACGCAGCGGUCUAUGGGCUGGAGGAAGACUACGCAGGGGGAGAGAUCUAUGAAGAUCUCAUGAGAACCGAGCAGCCUCCCCCACUGAAGCAGGCAGAGGUAGAUGUGAGGAGCUGCUGCCUUACGGAGAUCAAACAGACGGAGGAGAAAUACACAGAGACCCUGGAGUCCAUCGAGAAGUAUUUCCUGAAUCCUCUGAAGAAGUUCUUCUCUGCAGCUGAAAUUGAUAAAGUUUUUGUCAACAUUCCAGACCUGGUUAAAGUUCACAAGAGCCUGAUGGUUGAUGUGCAGGACUCCAUCUUGAACAAAAAUGCCUUAAAUCUCUACCAGAUUUUUAUCAGCUACAAAGAGAGACUGCUCAUUUACGGAAUAUACUGCAGCCGAGUGGAGAUCGCCAUCGCUGUUUUAGACCUCAUUUGCAAAGAGAAAGAGGAUGUCCGCCUGAAGCUGGAGGAGUGUUCCAAAAGGGCCAACAAUGGGAAGUUUACACUGAGGGACCUGCUGGUUGUCCCGAUGCAGAGAGUCCUCAAGUAUCAUCUCCUUCUUCAGGAGCUAGUCAAACACACUCACGAUGCUGCUGACAAGAGCAACUUGAGGAUCGCUCUUGAUGCCAUGAAAGACCUGGCUCAGUAUGUCAACGAGGUGAAGAGAGAUAAUGAGACUCUGAGGGAGAUCGAACAGUACCAGAGGUCUAUCGAAAACUUGAAUCAGCCUCUCAUCACCUUUGGUCGGCCAAAAGGAGACGGAGAGGUGCGCAUGAUCUCCAGUGUUGACAAGAGGAAACAAGACAGACACAUCUUUUUAUUUGAUGUGGCUGUCAUUGUUUGCAAGAGACGAGGAGACAACUAUGAGAUGAAGGACAUACUCGACCUCAACUACUUCAAGAUCACCAACAACCCCACCUCUGACAGAGAGGGCAAAAAGUGGUGCUACGGCUUCUACGUGACUCACCAGCAGGGGUACACAGGCUUUGAACUCUUUUUUAAGACCAGGGAGCUGAAGAAGAAGUGGCUGGAUCAGUUUGAAAUGGCUAUAUCAAAUAUCCGGCCAGAAAAAGCCAGCCACAACUCCCACCAGUUCAAGAUGCACACAUUUGAAAGGAUCACUUCCUGUAGCUUCUGUCACCUCUUGCUCAGGGGCAUCUUUAACCAGGGUUAUCUCUGUCUCAAAUGUGGGCUGGGGGCUCAUAAGGAGUGUCUAGGUCGACUGGGAGUGUGUGGGAGAACAGAUUCUGCCAAGCCGAGACCCAAGGAAAACACAGCACCACCGGACCCAGGUUUACCCAGGAUGGUUGUGAUCAGAGACUACAGUGGCCUCCCCUAUCCCCAGUAUGGGCCCCCACUAAGCAUUCAUGCGGGGGAUGUCAUUGAACUGAUGUUUGCCGACCUACACAGCUCCUGGUGGCAGGGCAAAAUCCUGGCGACAAGCAAGAUUGGCUUCUUUCCAAGUGACGCUGUGAGGCCUUGCCCGUGUGUUCCAAAACCUGUCGAUUACUCUGCCCAGCUCUGGUUUGCAGGGCCCAUGGAGAGAUACCAGGCUGAGGUGGAGCUCCUGGACCGAGGAAACAGCACCUAUCUGGUUCGACACAGAAGUAAAGAAUGCACUGAGUACGCCAUCAGUAUAAAGUUCAACGAUAAAAUCAAGCACAUUAAGAUUCUGACCAAGGAUGGCUGCUUUUACAUCGCUGAGAGCCGACUGUUCAAGACUGUCCUGGACUUAGUGGAGUACUACAAGCAGCAUUCUUUGAAGGAGGGUUUCAGCAGUCUUGACACCACUCUGCAGGUCCCCUAUAGGGAACCAUCCAAUGGAAACAUGCCCAGGGCCAUUACUAUGGCUGGCAGUGUGUUUUCUCCCAGGGUGGUGGGUAUUGCAGUGGCACGCUACGACUUCAGCUCCAGAGACACACGGGAGCUCUCACUGCUGCAGGGAGACAUUAUCAAGAUCUACACCAAGAUGUCGAGUGGGUGGUGGAAGGGAGAGGUCGACGGCAGGGUGGGCUGGUUUCCCUCUACCUAUGUCGAAGAGGAGGACUGACUUUUGCCGGUCGAAUGACGUCUUUUCAGCAUCCAUUAAAAGCUGACCACCUCCGCUGAGCGCCACGCCGCUCAUCCACUCUCUGUGCCCUGCAAGUCAGAUCUCUUUGAUAAAACCCAGAGACUCGGACUGAAGAGGAAGCGGCAGCGCCCUCAAAAGCCUCCUGCCCUCUGACAGACUCUCACACGGAGCAGAUGUCAAAUCACAGAUUCAAGGAGCGUCACGCUGUUUCUCGCCUCUCUGUGGUCCUGUCUGCCCCCGUGGCCCUAUGGGAAGUGCAUGAGCUGUACCCAGAUAACCCUCCCCUCCCGUCUCCCUAUCCACUCACCUUGUCUUAUUAUUGAUGACUCCAUUGGCUGGUGUAAGGCUUGCCUUCACUGUCAUCAUGUUUCGAUACCAGGGAGGUUCAGUCACCCAGCUGGAACACAGAUCCUGCUGACAGCGCAUCGCCCAGGUGCUCCACCACAUUGAAAUGCAGGAGCUGAGGAGCUCUGACUGUUGUUGGAACCCUAUGGCCGUCUUGGCUGUUCAGACGUUUGUGUUCAACUUUCUGUCGAAGACUCAUUUUAAUUUUAAAAUUUUAAAUUACUGGACUGAUAUUAACUGUGUGAUAUUUAAAUGCAAUCGCUCAAAUGUGAUUUUACACAAA